AUGACAACGAAGGAGGCGGGCGCGGGCUCCAAGUGCUAUGUGCCCGACGACACGUACGUCUGGCUACCGGCACAGAUCCUUCGCGAGGACAAGAGCUCAGACCCCAAGAAGCCCGAGAAGACAGUUAUGCUGCGCGUUUACCCUCCGCCCGGUGAUACAACUGCUGUUGUGGAUAAAGAACGCGUGUUGGACUUCAAUGACCCCAAGGUCAAGGCCAUGCUCAAGAGCUUGCAGCUCGAGUCGCUGCCGUACCAGAACGAUAACUUGGGGCCCGAGGGUAUCGAGGACAUGACGGCGCUCAACUACCUGCACGAGGCCGCUAUCCUGUACAAUGUUAAGACGCGCUUUCUGCAGAAACUUCCCUACACGUACACAGGCGACAUUUGCAUCGCCGUGAACCCUUAUCAGUGGCUACCAGAGCUCUACUCUGAGCAGACACAGUCUCAGUAUCUCACUAAAGCUCGUGAAGAACUGCCGCCACAUGUUUACGCGACGUCCAUGGCGUCUUACAACGACAUGAAGCGGUAUGAAGUGAACCAGUCCAUUUUGGUGAGUGGGGAAUCGGGAGCUGGUAAGACGGAGACCACCAAGAUUCUCAUGAAUCAUCUGGCUUCAAUUGCUGGCGGUCUUAACGACUAUACUAUCAAGAGAAUUAUUGAGGUGAAUCCGCUGCUCGAGUCGUUCGGAAACGCCAAGACGGUGAGAAACGAUAACAGCUCUCGUUUUGGCAAGUUUACUCAGCUGCAAUUUGAUAACGCCGGCAUCCUGGUGGGAGCGAGAUGCAGAACGUACUUGCUGGAAAAGACUCGUGUGAUUUCGCACGAACAACUGGAACGGAACUACCACAUUUUCUAUCAGCUGCUUGCUGCGAGUGACAGUAGGGAGAAAUGGUUCCUGGAUGACGCCAACGAGUGCUAUGCGUACACGGGUGCGAAUAAGACCAUUAAGAUUGAGGGCAUGUCGGAUGAUAAACAUUUCGAGCGAACGAAAACGGCUCUUGGGCUUAUCGGCGUCACGGAGGAACAGCAAGAGGUUCUCUUUGAGGUGCUUGCAGGCGUGCUGCAUCUUGGUCAAGUGGAAAUUCAGUCCAAGAACAAUAAUGAAGAGUCUGGACUUGUGCCGGACGAUCAAGGAGCGAAGAAUGCGACCAAGCUUCUCGGUAUUUCUGCAGCAGCUCUGGACAAAGCGCUGUGUUCGCGCCAGAUUGCAGUCGCUGGAGACAAAGUAACUACUUUUUUGAAGAAAGAUCAAGCGGAGGAGUGUAUCGGUGCCUUGUCGGAGGCAAUUUACUCCAACGUGUUCGACUGGCUAGUGGAAAUGAUCAACACGUCCCUAGAGAAUGAUAGGAAAAUGCGCUACCAUGUGGGCAUCCUCGAUAUUUUCGGCUUUGAGCACUUCAAACACAAUUCCUUUGAACAAUUUUGCAUUAACUAUGCAAACGAAAAACUUCAGCAGAAAUUUACCCAGGAUGUCUUCAAGACAGUGCAGAUUGAAUACGAAGCUGAAGGCAUCCUCUGGAGUCACAUCGACUUCGCAGACAACCAAGAUGUGAUAUCUGUGAUCGAGGACCGCCUAGGAAUUAUUUCGCUGCUGAACGACGAGGUGAUGCGCCCCAAGGGCAACGAUGAGUCUUUUGUCUCCAAGCUCUCAACCAUUCACAAGGACGAGCAAGAUGUCAUAGAGUUUCCUCGCACAUCACGCACACAAUUUACAAUCAAGCACUACGCCGGUGCAGUUACAUACGAGUCACUGGGCUUCCUCGAAAAGCAUAAAGACGCACUUCUUCCUGAUCUAUCCGAUUUGAUGCGGGGCUCGUCCAAGCAAUUCCUCAGGACGAUUUUUACCGAAAAGAUCGGCAGCCCUGUUGCCUCACGGAAGAAAAGUACGAGCAAUGCUCGACGUGGCGGCCGAGCUAUGGGAGGAUCUUUGACAGUGACGAAUGUGGGGACCCAAUUCAAGGACAAUCUCAACGAGCUCAUGACUAGCAUUCGUCAAACGAAGGUGCACUACGUCCGCUGUAUUAAGCCCAACAAAAACAAAAGUCCAAACGAAAUGGAUCAACCAAUGGUGGUAUCGCAACUACGUUGUGCUGGUGUGAUCGAGGCAAUUCGUAUUUCUCGUGUUGCGUACCCGAACCGACUGCUGCUGGAGGAGUUGGUGGAUAAAUUCUGGGUGUUCGACGUGGAGCAUCGCAAUACCGAUGUUCCUGUCAAACAGCGAUGUGAGGCAUUGAUGAAAAAGAUGGAAUUGUCGUCGCCGGAGCAGUACCAGAUUGGUCUCUCACGCAUUUACUUCCGAUACGGCAUCCUAGAGCAAAUGGAGGACAAAAAGGCAGAACGCCUGGAUGUGCAGGCUCGCCACUUGCAGCACUAUAUGCGGGGAUUCUGUUGCAGGCUUCGUUUCCUUCGCAAGUUGCAAGCAAUUGUCAAACUGCAGUCUGUUGCUCGAUGUGUUAUCAUGAUGAACCGGUACCAGUCGUUUAAGACUGCUGUGAUAACACUCCAGGCGCACUGGCGCGGAUACAAAGGGCGUUGCAUUGCCCUCGAGGCCAAGAAAAACAAGAGUGCGAUUAUUAUUCAGAAAUAUGGUCGUCGCUUAGUCAAACGCAAGCAAUUCAAGGAUGAACGGAAGGGGGCUGUAAAGAUUCAAGCAUUCCUGCGUAUGAAGUACGAGCGACCGAAGUAUAUGAAGGCUCUCCAGGAGAAGAAGCAGCAGGCUGUUAUGGAAUACCAACUCAGCAAGUUGCAGGAGCGCCUCCACGACGAGCAACGGCGAAACGCGGAGCUUAAGAAAGACCGGUUAUCCAAUUCAUCCACGGACAGCCAGCUGUAUGCAGAAACUAACGGGACACGAUCUCGUGGGCGAUCAACUGCCCACAUGUGGAUGGCUGACGCUGAUGGUAUUAUCAGCCAGCUCAACGAAGAGGCAAAUCGUUUACGCAAAGAGAAUGAAGAGCAACGUGCACUGACGGCACAGCUGAAGAGUGAGGUUGAAAAGCUUAAGUUUGACCAAACGGUACUAACCGCUAACUUCCAAGUCAAAAUCCGCGGAUUUCAAGAUGUGAUUCGUGAAAAGGAUAAGAAACUCGAGGCUGUAGAACGCGAGUGUGUUAAACUUCGUGAGCAUGUAGGGUCCGACCCUAUGCAGUCAAGUCAGAAAUCUUUGCGGAAGGAUCGUCGUUCCGUGUUCAGAAGGUUGGGAUCGAAGAAGGAGUUUGAUGAUGGCUAUGACAAUGGCGAUGCCAGUCGUGCGUCGACGGCAAUGCAAGCGGCACUUGCUCAGAGAUCCGCGGACACGGCGCAGUUUCUCCGCCAAUCUGCGCGGCGUAUGUCUCGCACAAAGAUGUGGCGUAACAACAGCGGUGGUGACAGCGAUGGCGAGGGUCGUUUCUCUGGUAGCGAUAUAGGCGACUCUGGUGGCCGCCCAUCGCUGCUGCAGGAAGUGAGUGCGGCCGGCGCCGGAGCUAUGGAGUCUUUGAAAAACAGGCUCACUGCUGUCAAAGAGAAGUACUAUGGAGAGGAGGGGCCAUCCGCAGCGUCGCGUCAAAACGCGGAGCCCCGUAGAGCAUCUGCUGCAAGGGAGUCGUUUAACUUAGAUGCUUUGCCUCUUCCUCCCGGUUGGGAGACUCGAUUGUCGCGCUCAAAAGGCAAGGCAUACUAUUGCAAUCCGGAACUGCGGAUCACGCAAUGGGAUCAUCCGUCUAUCGAGUCGAGUAAGGUGAAAAAGCAGGCAGCCGUAGCUGCUCAUCGCACGAAACGAGGAACAUCUAUUAUGGGGAGCACUGUCGGGAGUCCGCUGCGGGAUUCAAUAGACGGCGUGCUCACGAUGGAGGGUCAUAUCUAG